GUAAGUGUAAUUUUUUCUGUUUGUUUACAUAUAGAAAAAUGGCUUCAGCAUCCAGUAUCGAUGAUGAUAUGAUGGACGUGGUGAAUCGCACCACAAGAUAUCAAAAUUUAUCGGAAGAAGAGAGGAGGCAAAUGGAAGAAAGGUUAGCAAUAUGGUUGGCCGGUGCUGAUGGAGAAGCCGAGGAAAUCAAUGCAUUCGAAGGCGACGACGUCACGGAUCCUGAUUAUGUGCCGACGUUAGAAGAUGCGGCUUCCGAUGCUGAGACUGAGACCGUUAUAGAAACCGAGACUCCAUGUGACGAUGAUGAGGAUUUGGAAUAUUUAUAUGAAGGCACUGCAGCUACACCCGAAGCGCUUGAAGCCGUCGAUAUGGACGAGGAGCCUCGUUCGGCGAACUCGAUUAUUAAAUACCGUUCAAAGGAUGGCAAGCUUUGGUCAAGCGGCANCAGGGAUUAUGCGAUCCCCGGUUUCAAUAUUUAAAUCGCUAAUAUUACCGGAAAUCUUUAGUAUAAUUGUGCACCAAACGAACCGAAAGGCCCAGGAACUAUGCCGCCUAUGGUGUGCCAAGAAUCCUGACCAGCCACCGCGAACGUGGACGAAACCUGUAACCGAAAAUGAAAUAUACGCCUUUUUUGGCCUAACUGUGUUUGCCCGCAUA